CAGCGCUACUGUCUCCGUCGGUAAGAUAGUCCGUUUUAAUUUACGGUUAUACAAAUUCGUGAGUUCCAAUUUUUGGAAUCUUAUAUAUAAGAAUAGUUGUGUGACGAACGAUGGGUACUGAUUUUAAGAGCGAGAAGGAAGUGCAGGACUACUUGAAGAACCUUUAUAUAGAAUAUAAAUUUGGAUGUUAUCAUGACAAGAAUGCAGAAACGUGUCACUUACUGGGAGAUUAUGAGGAGAGUAUCAAAAAGGACGAUGCUAAGGCAGGGGAAGUUUACAAGAUGAAUUGUGAUACGUAUAAUUAUGGAAAGAGUUGUGUACGAUACGGGAGCUAUUCGUUCCUCGGUAAGGGAUGCAAAGAGGACCGAUUAACAGGAUACAAGUACUUCAAGAAAGCGUGCGAAACAGAUAAUCCAGAAGGAUGUACAAACGCUGGCAUUAUGGCAGUUUCCAAUGAAGAUUUUGACGAAAAGGACAGAUCGACGCAAGUUAAUAAUGGCGUCGCUAUGUUGAAAAAAGCCGCCGAAGUGUUUAACAAUGAAAAAGCUUGCUUCUAUUUGUCAGGUAUUUACAUUAGAGGGAUAGAAGGACAUUUAGAGAAAAAUCUAAAGGAGGCUUAUAAAUACUCUACAAAAGCUUGCGAGCUUGGAAAUCCAUAUGCGUGUGCAAACGUGGCACAAAUGUACACGCGGGGCGAGGGCGUUGAUAAGAACGCAGAUGAGGCAGCUUCUUACAAACAACGUGCGUUAGAAUUACAUAAAGAAAUUAAACAUGGUAAGAGGAGUGUUGAAUUCCAACAAGGGCUCUGAGUCUAUUAUCUUUUAAUUAUAACAUCAAUUGUAGUAUUAUUUAUUAGCAAGAACUUGCAAUGAUUAAAAGACUAUCGGGACUACCUCUAAGUUAUUACAAUUUUUUCAAAUAUAUUAUUUAAUAAAUUGUAAAUCUCGUUA